UGGGGGGCACGGGGAAGUGCCCCCCUACGGGAGCGAUCAUCUGCAAGGGGGAUGCCCCGAUCCCAGCCGGGAUCCGAGCUGAUGGGGUGGGGGCGACACGCAGAGGGGUGGUCCAGGGAUGCUGGUGGCGGAUGCUGACGCUGUCCCUUGGGACCCUGCAGGUCCCCGUCCCCGUCCCCUCCCCGGAGAUGGAGCUCGACUCCUACCAGCAUUACUUCUACGACCACGACUCGGAGGAGGACUUCUACCGCUCCACCGCGCCCAGCGAGGACAUCUGGAAGAAGUUCGAGCUGGUGCCCACGCCCCCCACGUCGCCCGCCUGCGGCCCGGCGGACAAAGCCUGUUGCUCAGGCGCGGCGGGGGAGCGAGGGGACUGGCUGCCCGGCUGCUGCCUGGCGGGGGAAGAGCCCGGCGAGAUCUUCGCCAACCUGAGCGCCUUCAUCCUGCAGGACUGCAUGUGGAGCGGCUUCUCGGCCCGCGAGCGGCUGGAGAAAGCCAGGAGCGAGAAACUUUCCGUGCCAGGGGUGCCCAGGCUCGCCCCGCACAAGCCCUCCUUCGCCCAGGACCUGGGCUUUGGCCACGCCGCCACGGAGUGCGUGGACCCCGCUGCCGUCUUCCCUUGCCCCCUGGCCGAGAGCAAGAUCCCCGCCUCCUCGGGAUCUGAGAGCCAGAGUGACUCCGAAGGCGAGGAGAUCGACGUGGUGACAGUGGAGAAGAGGCAGUCGCUCAGCCUGAGGAAGCCAGUCACCAUCACUGUGCGGGCAGACCCCCUGGACCCCUGCAUGAAACACUUCCACAUCUCCAUCCAUCAGCAGCAGCACAACUACGCCGCCCGCUCCCCGCCAGACCCCUGCUCCCAGGAGGAGGCGGAGAAGGACAUCAAGGUGGAGCCUGUGAGCUCCCCGGAGGAAGCCGUGGAGAGCUCGGAGAGCUCAUCGCCUGAGCCCUGCCUGCUGAAAACCAGCAGCAGUGCCCCGAACUCUGACAGCGAGGACAUGGCCAAGCGGAAAAACCAUAACUACUUGGAACGGAAGAGGCGCAACGAUCUCCGCUCGCGCUUCCUGGCCCUGAGGGACCAGGUCCCCGGGCUGGCGAACUGUCCCAAGACCCCCAAAGUGGUGAUCCUGAGCAAGGCCUCGGAGUACCUGCAGUCGCUGGUGAGCGCCGAGCGGAGGCUGGCCGCAGAGAAGAGGCAGCUGAAAGCGAGGCAACAGCAGCUGCUGAAGCGCAUCUCCCAGCUCGAGGGGCACUAGCUACCAAAAAGACUCGACGCCUUUUGUCCAAUACCGAUUUUGCACAUCUUUGUUUUUUUGGGUUAUCGGGAACCCCCUGAACUACAGAUCCCAGAAUGCACUGCAGCCGGUGCACACAAAUAUGGCUGGCAUUCUAGGAUGCUGGAAGGACAGGUUCCCUCCCCUGCAUCUCCCUCAUCCGAGCGUGGUCUCGGGCUCCCCCCAGGACAGGGCGGGGAGUUGCUAGCUGUGGAGCCGGGCCAGGGCUCUGCCUUGGGGGAUGCUGGGCUUGUUGUCGCUGGAUGUGGCAGGUUCUGGAGCUUGUACAACCCUGAAACGGGCCGUGUAUUUUUUGGGGUGCCCAUCUUGAGGCACCUGUGUCCUGACUCCUAGAGGUUCUGGGCUUUCCCAGCCCCUGAUGGGAGUCCACAGGGGCUGCUUCAGCUCCUCUGAACAUCAGGCCUCACCUACCCCAAGACGGGCACUUGAGAACAGAGGCUCCUUCUCGAAACUUCAGGUCCCCCACCACGAGGUGGCUGGAGCGUGACCUGUUCCUGCAAGAAUCCAGCUGGCGGGACGGAUUCACUUUCGCUCUCCCGCACGUUCUUGGAUGGCGGAGCUGAGCAGCAGAUACACGGGUCGUGCUUUAGCCCGGUCCACGGACCAUCUCCUUCCACUUGACCGCCCAGCCUCUCUUCCUGUGAGCUGUCGCCAACUAUCCAGCCAUUGCCCCACAAUGCCCAGUAUCCUCCUCGGCAUCGUUGGCACCCAAGGCCAUAUUCCUAACGGGGCCUGCCAAGCCUUUGAGUCCCUAAUCCCUACGUCAGGGUACUUGGAUCCUGAAUCCAAGGGGCGCUCCGAUCCAGUGCCUUGGUUUGGGUCCAUCUCUGUAUUUACGUGGCGACAGAUGGGGAAUGCUUUUAGUCCAGGGUUGUUCUUAAAUAUCCUCUUGUCCCUCCCCAGAGAGGGAGAGUUGAGCUCCCAACACUGGAGAAGCCCCGAGACCAGCUUGGAUGGACUAUACCUCACUUUCUUACCACUUUACACAGUAGCUUGUUUGGGAUUUUUUUUUUUUUUGUGUUCUAGAUCCUGCUGCUGUAACUGCCUGAGUCUUAUACUGGAGGACAUUUUUAUACUGUAUUUUUGUACCACUUUUUGGAGAAGUAUUGUUAAAGAUUUGUCUUUUUUUUUUUUUUUUUUAUAAGCCUUUGUUCUGGGGGCGGGUGGGGUGGUUCCCUUCUGUCGGGGGGCAUGGGUCGUCAUUCCUGCUGCACUUUCGGGGACAUCAUGGAGGAUGGGCCGUUCUGCUUGCCCUUUGGAGCUCGCUGUGUCUGGGUCCUGGCUCUUCACGCAACACAGAUAACAAGUGCAAGGGUUUUUCCUCUUCACUGAAAGAGUGGAGGGGAGAAACCCCCUGCAUUUUUCAGCCUUCAAGUAUCACUCCUUCUCUCUUCUAAAAAAAACCCCAACUCAAUACCUAAGGAGGUGUUUAAGAUCCCAGAUGAAGCCCUGUGCUCGUGAGAAGGGGCUGAGCGAACUCUUGCCUGGGCACGAGGUUUAAGAGCCAGGGGGGAGAGGAGGACAAGAGGCAGGGCUGUCCUUGGGGUCCGCUCCGCGGCUGAAGCAUGUAGGGCCGCAGCAGUGGUGUUCGGCUGCCCGGCUCCCAACUGACCUACUGAGAAGCGUUAGAGUUAACACUGUGGUCGGAUUUAGCACUUUCUUCGUUACCUCACACUUCAUGAAUAAAUAAGGUACAAAGACA